AUGGGAAGCAGGCAUGAGGAGUUUUCUGUGAGGGACCAAGGGACCAAGGUGGCUUCUCUGAAAAACUCCUUGGUGCGGCUCCAUGCAGCAGGACCUCGCUCACCUCCGCCCCCUCCUCACUGUUCUCCUGAGCAGGGGGACAUCCAUGGCGCUGCUGCUGCUGGGACCAAAGUCCUCCCAGGAGAAGGAAGAGCCGGAGGAGGGGGCGCCCUGGGCCCCAGCGCUGGCCGCUCCGUCACUGGUUUCCUGCUCCUCUCAGCAGGCUGCGUGGCCCUCUGCUGCUCCCGCCGAGGGGCCUGCCUCUCAGCCUUCGUGCUGCUCCUGCUGGCAGCUGUCGCGGGCCUCAUCGCCUUGGUCGUCAUCCUCGGAUCCCCACCACAUACACCAGGGGCCCAGGCCUGUGUGACGCUGGCAAACAGGACCGGCUUCCUAUGCCAUGACCGAAGGAGCUGCGUCCCGGCCAGCGGGGUCUGUGAUGGCGUCCGCACCUGUCCCCACGGCGAGGACGAGGAUGAGGCCUUGUGCCGAGACGUGCCCCAGCACCUCCCGGGCUUCCUUGUGGCCCGCUGUGGAAACCCAGCUUCCUGGAUCUACUCAGACCAAAAGUGUGACGGGACCAACAACUGCGGCGACUGCUCGGAUGAACUGAGCCCAGUGACCACAUGCCCACCCUGCGGCCCUGGGUGGUGGCGCUGCGCCCCUGUGGUCUUCAGGUACUGUGACUGCAUCCCGAGGAGCCUCUGCCGGGACCGCGUGCAGCACUGCUCCGACUGGUCUGACGAGCACCUCUGUCCUGGGCCCUGAGCGGCAGCGGGCAGAGCAGGACGCUGGCUGGACGGCACCGGUGAGCCUUCCUUCCCAUGAGCUUCCCCCCGAAGAACGUGAGGGCGGGCAGGAGCCAUCGAGACCAC